AGCAAUUUUGUAUAUUUAAUAUUUUGCGAAGUACAAUGAAAACUAUAAGUUAUCCCUGAAUAUAUCUUGAGUUAUUGGAGUAAUAAAAAAUGAAUAAAUCUAUUUUUUAGUCCCCUUACAAAUAAAAUAAAAAUGAAGUUAGUGUUUAAAAACAUUGAAAAAGAUGGCAGUGGGAGCAUCGGUCUUAUAUCUGAGGAAUCUGAGGAUAUGUGGCAUGCUUACAACCUAAUAGCUGAAGGAGAUUCUGUUACUGCAUCGACCGUACGAAAAGUCCAAAAUGAGUCGUCGACGGGCUCUUCGACAAGCAGUAGAGUUCGAACUACGCUUACUAUAACCGUGGAAAAUAUUGAUUUCGAUACACAAGCAUGUGUUCUUCGUUUGAAAGGCCGGAAUAUUGUUGAGAAUCAAUAUGUGAAGAUGGGGGCAUACCACACAUUAGACUUAGAAUUAAAUAGGAAGUUUACAUUGCGAAAGCUACAAUGGGAUUCUGUAGCCUUAGAACGAGUAGAUAUGGCGUGUGAUCCAGCAACCUCGGCGGAUGUUGCUGCAGUGGUAAUGCAAGAGGGCUUAGCUCAUGUAUGCCUUAUUACAUCAUCAAUGACAUUAGUCAGAUCAAAGAUAGAUAUAACAAUACCUAGGAAGCGGAGAGGCUUCACACAACAGCAUGAAAAGGGACUUGCUAAAUUUUAUGAAGCUGUAAUGCAAGGUAUACUCAGGCAUGUAGACUUUAGUGUUGUCAAAUGCAUAAUUAUUGCAUCCCCUGGAUUUGUUAAGGAUCAAUAUUAUGACUACAUGAUGCAACAAGCAAUAAAAACUGACAAUAAGCUUCUUAUUGAAAAUAAAUCAAAAUUCUUGCUGGUCAAGGCUUCAUCGGGAUUUAAACACUCACUUAAAGAAGUUUUACAAGAGCCAUCGGUAAUGGCCAAGAUAUCGGACACAAAAGCAGCAAGUGAAGUUAAAUUGCUGGAAGGUUUCUACACAAUGCUGCAAUUGGAGCCAGCAAAGGCAUUUUAUGGAAAGAAGGAUGUUUUGAGAGCAAAUGAAGCUUUAGCAAUUGAAACACUGAUGAUUUCAGAUACAUUAUUUAGGUGUCAAGACAUUCAGAAGCGUAAAGAAUAUGUCGGUCUGGUUGACUCGGCCAGAGACAACGGUGCUGAUGUCAGGAUAUUUUCUAGCAUGCAUGUUUCUGGUGAACAGUUGGAUCAACUAACUGGUGUAGCAGCUAUUUUACGUUUUCCCAUGCCUGAGCUCGAGGACAGUGAUGCUGAAUACGAUUACUCGGAUUCUGAUUAAUUUUUAGGUUAUGUCAAAAUAUUGACAUUUUAAUAUGCGGAGGAAUACGAUUUUUUGUUACCCAUACUUGCUACGUUUUUCAUACAUUUUCUUGAUUUGACAUUUACUAUUCGAUUUAACGUAUUCGUACAGUUCAUGAAGUCGAAUAGUUCUGUCAAACUUUAAUUGUUGUAUGGGUAAUUCUAUUAGGGCUUCAGGUAUUUGGAGCUUAACAGAAGGAUGACAACAUGAGUAAACAAAUUGCAUGUAAAAUCGAUCCGAUAAUAAGAGCGUUCUCUAGUAUUUA